AAAAAAAAAAUUCUUUGUAUCUUCUCUUCUUUUCAACUUCAAAUGUUAAACGCCAUUAAUAAAUGCUUCUAAGACAUACAUUUUCAGAUCUACAGUACUCUCGUCAUCGUCCCUGCCGUGGCGUUUGAACCUGCAUUCAACGGCUGAUUGCGACGGUGAGAUUUAGUGAAGAAAUAUAAUUAUUUAUUUAAUUGCUUUGAUCAACAACUCAACGAGGCUUCCAGUGAUUGAUUGAAGCGUUGAAAAUAAGUUUAUGAGGAAGGAUAGGUGAAGGUAGCAGAUAUGGCGGAGACCGAUGAAUAUGAUGGAGGAGAGUUUUCUGUUAGAGAAGUUUCGGCCAAUGGCAUUCGCAUGAAAACAACUGAAGUCGAAGCCAAACUCGACCAAGGGAAUAUCGAAGAGGCCGAAUCUUCUUUGCGUGAAGGCUUGUCGCUUAAUUUUGAGGAAGCAAGAGCUCUUCUUGGCAGGUUGGAAUACCAAAGAGGCAAUGUAGAAGGUGCCCUACGUGUGUUUGAUGGCAUCGAUCUUCAAGCUGCCAUACAACGGCUGCAACCAACCCUUUCUGACAAGCCGUCCAGAAAGGGUCGCAUUCGUAGUGACUCACAGAAUACUGUCUCACAACAUGCUGCUAGCCUGGUGCUCGAGGCAAUAUACUUAAAGGCCAAGUCUCUGCAAAAUCUUGGGCGAUUAACUGAGGCUGCUAAUGAAUGUAGAAGUGUGCUUGAUGCUGUGGAGAGGAUAUUUCAACAGGGUAUACCUGAUGUUCAAGUGGACAGUAGACUGCAAGAGACGGUAAGCCAAGCUGUGGAGCUUCUUCCAGAGCUCUGGAAGCAGGCAGGUUGCAAUCAGGAAGCAAUUUCUGCUUAUAGACGUGCCCUUCUUAGUCAAUGGAAUCUUGAUAAUGACUGCUGUGCAAGGAUUCAAAAAGCAUUUGCAGUGUUUUUGUUGCACAGUGGAGUGGAGGCUGGUCCACCCAGUUUGGGUUCUCAGAUUGAUGGUUCAUUUGUACCCAAAAAUAAUUUGGAAGAGGCAAUUUUACUUUUAAUGAUUCUUAUGAGGAAAUAUUUCCUUGGUAAGAUCAAUUGGGAUCCAUCAGUAAUGGAGCACCUAACAUUUGCACUCUCUUUGUGCAGCAAAACUUCUAUUGUAGCAAAGCAACUUGAAGAGAUGAUGCCUGGAGUAUAUCUCCGUUCUGACCAUUGGAAUGCUUUAGCUCUUUGUUACAGUGGAGUAGGAGAAAAUAGCACUGCCUUGAAUCUGUUGAGAAAGUCUCUACACAAACAUGAACAACCUGAUGACCUCAUGGCACUGUUGUUGGCUGCCAAGAUCUGCAGUGAGGAUUCUCAUCUUGCAGCUGAGGGAGUGGGAUAUGCGAACAGUGCUGUCAGUAAUGCUAAGGGGAAGAAUGAGCAUUUAAAAGGUGUAGGCCUUCGGAUGUUGGGCCUUUGCCUGGGAAAGCAAGCUAAAAUUUCUUCCUCUGACUAUGAAAGGUCUUUUCUGCAGUCUGAGGCAUUAAAAUCUUUAGAGGCAGCAUUUUCUUAUGAGCGCAAUAAUCUAGAGAUAAUUUUUGAUUUAGGAGUUCAAUAUGCAGAGCAAAGAAAUUUAAAUGCUGCUUUGCGUCAUGCAAAGCAGUUCAUCGAUGCAACAGGUGGCUCGUUAUUAAAAGGUUGGAGAUUGCUUGCUCUAGUUUUGUCCGCUCAACAGCGAUUCUCUGAGGCUGAGGUUGUCACCGAUGCUGCUUUAGAUGAGACCACGAAGUGGGAGCAAGGAUCUAUGCUUAGGUUGAAAGCAAAGCUGAAGUUAGCCCAGUCACUCCCCAUAGAUGCUAUUGAAACAUACCGUUAUCUCCUAGCAUUGGUUCAGGCCCAAAAGAAAUCUUUCAGUCCUCACAUCAGUGUUUCACAGGUUGACGAUGAUAAAGUCGAUGAAUUUGAAGUUUGGCAUGGUCUUGCAAAUUUGUACUCAAAACUUUUACAUUGGAAGGAUGUUGAGCUAUGUUUAGGAAAAGCAAAAGAGCUGAAGCAGUACUCUGCAGAAAUGCUGCACACAGAAGGUGUUGUGUGUCAAGGACGUGGGAAUAUGCAUGAAGCUCUAUCUGGUUAUAUUAAUGCUCUUUUAUUGGAUCCAUCUUAUGUGCCUAGCAAAAUACUGAUUGCUGCUGUGUUGUCCAAGGUCGCCUCAAAGGCAUUGCCUGUGGCAAGAGGUUUACUCUCAGAUGCGUUAAGGAUAGAACCUACAAAUACGAUGGCUUGGUUUCACUUGGGGGUCAUUCAUAGGGAUGAUGGACGAUUAGCUGAUGCAGCAGACUGCUUCCAGGCAGCUGCAAUGCUCGAAGAAUCUGACCCCAUUGAAAGCUUCAGCUCUCUUCUUUGAUUGGCUCCCAUUUAUCAAAGUCAGACUUCACUUUGUGUAAUAUUCACCAAUAUACAGCUCUGGAUAUCUGAGUGGUCGGGGAUGGUGUCGUGAAUUUGUUCAUGAUAUUCCAAUAUUUUUCUAAUUCUUCAUGCAUUACAGUCCCCAUGUUCAUGAAAAGGAUCUGAGGGAAGAAUGGAGUAAGUUAUUGAAUUUGAUCUAGGAAAGCAAGAACAGAAAUGACAGGUAUAUCGUAGUUGCUCAAUCUGAGUGUAGCACAAUUACUAAUAGAGAGCUAAGACGGAGUUUCUUAAGCAAUGUAUUGGUUGAUCUGCCAUUAUCGGUACGCCGUGUAAAUUUUGUUUUUAAAAAAGCAAUUGUUGCUAAAAUAUAAUUACAGAUUUUUCUUCCU